GAGAGGGCCUGAUUUCACCCCGUGUACAAGAACUGGGACAGUUUAAUUUUCUCAAUCCCAAACGGUCUCAUUCUCAACUUCAGUGAAUCCGUAGCUCGUCAAAUCAGGAUGGACAGCUUGGAGAAGCAGCUUAUUUGUCCCAUUUGUCUGGAAAUGUUCACGAAACCGGUUGUGAUUCUUCCUUGUCAACACAAUCUUUGCCGGAAAUGUGCUAAUGACAUUUUUCAGUCCUCAAAUCCAUACCUUCCCACCAGAGGAGGCACAGUGGCGUCAGGUGGCCGUUUCAGGUGUCCAUCCUGCAGGCAUGAAGUUGUGUUGGACCGCCAUGGAGUCUACGGUCUGCAGAGAAACCUUCUGGUGGAAAACAUCAUUGACAUGUACAAACAGGAGUACAUCAGCAGCAGACCUUCUCCCGAGAGGAAGGUUGACCAGCCAGUGUGUGAAGUCCAUGAGGACGAGAAAAUCAACAUUUACUGCCUGACCUGCAGCGUUCCCACUUGUUCUAUGUGUAAAGUGUUUGGCUCCCAUAAGGACUGUGAAGUGGCCCCUCUUAACAGUAUUUACCAGACGCAAAAGACAGAGCUCUCGGAUGGAAUAGCAAUGAUGGUGGGCAAUAAUGACAGAAUCCAAGGCAUCAUCAGUCAGCUGGAGGAGACCUGCAGAACCAUAGAGGAAAAUGGCAGGCGACAAAAAUCCAAGGUGUGUGAAAAGUUUGACCAUUUGUACGCCAUCCUGGAAGACAGGAAGAGACAGAUGAACCUGACAGUGAACGCCGAACAGGAAGAGAAACUGAAUUACAUACGUGGCCUCACAAGGAAGUAUGGAGAUCAUCUGGAGUCCAUGACCAAAAUCAUGGAGACAGGAAUCCAGACAAUGGAAGAACCUGAGAUGGCUGUUUUCUUACGGAAUGCCAAACCCCUCUUGCAAAAAAUUGAAGAGGCAUCAAAAACCUCGCACCUGGAGAGAGUGGAGCGUGGCUAUGAGAACAUGGAUCAUUACUCUGUGAGCUUCAAAAUAGAGGGCAGGGCCCUACGCAGUAUCGACUUCGCCAGAGAUGAUGAUGAAGAGGAGGAGGAGGAGGAUGAGGUGGGUGUCGAUGCGGACGGCCGGGCAGGGCAAACAGCCUCGGGAGAAGUGGAUUCACUGAAUAAAGCCCUUCCGUCCCUUCUUCCCCCACAACCCCUGAGCACACGCAAACCCGCCACAUCAUCAUAACUUCACAAACACAAAUAUUGAUCCAACAUUCAUUUUGCAACCUGUUCAAAACAAUAUGGACACCUUAAUCUUUAAAACAGACUAUUUUACCAGUGACUUUCAGAUACUGUUACUGUUUCUGUUUCAGUAACUCCUUAAUAAAAGUCACUAGAUGACUAAAUAUAAAUGGAGAUGACUUAAGAAACCCUUCCAAUAUUUGUGGUGUUGUUUACUGCGUAGGGAGUGUUCGCAUGGUAUUUGCAUUGCA